UGUUGCUGAAACUUUUCCCAUCACUGUGCUGGCCGGUCCCACAGCCUCCUCUAUAACAGGCUGGAGCACAGCCUCCGGCAGCAGAGCUACAGAGACUGCCUUUGCGAGACCACCUGGAGCACCCAUACAAAUUGAUUCGCUUCGCAUUACAGCACCCCCGGACUCCGCUUUGGUUUUCCGUGUUCAGCUUGGUCUGGCUGAUACACCAACUUCUAAAGAGAUCUUUUAGGAGAUAAGAAAAAAGAACUGGUUCAAUGUCUGAAGAACCGGCCCAUGUUGGAGAGUCUUAGGUCCAAGUUUGGUGAGAUCUUUUCUUGCUAAAAAGAGGAAGAAGAGGACAUCACACCUGGAUUGACCCCAGUGGUGUCCACCUAUUUGGUCACUUCAAUUUGGUUGAGUUUGGCUGGACACAUUGAGAGAGCUUACUGUGCUGAGAGGACAGAAGUGAGCAGAGGCUCUAAGAAACAGACAUUGCUGUGGGGAGAACACGGAGCAUGAGGAUGUUGUGCUCAAGGAGGCUGCUGCAGCACUGGUGCUUGGCUGUCUUCUUAUUGUGUUCUCCUGUGCCACACUAUGGCAGGCCCAUUGAUGCCCUAAGUAACAGAAUGAAGAGGUCAGUAACCCAUGCCCAGCUGAUGCAUGACAAGGGUCGGACACUGCAAGAUUUUAAGAGGCGCCUGUGGCUGCAUGAACUGCUGCAAGAAGUCCACACAGCUGACAUCCGUGAUGUGCAACAGAGGGGUGGGGUCAGUGGCGGUGGGGGCGGGGCUGUGAAUGUCGGUAUUCCACUGGGCGUCGGCAUCAGUGUAAGCCCUGGCACUGUCCACCCAAAGCCUGCUGGCGGCACCAAAAACCUGCCAAUCAGCUUCAACGUGGAUGAUGAGGAAGGCACCAACCUGCCACAGGAGACCAACAAGUCUCAGCCAUACAAAGAUAGUGCCAUAAAGGUGGGCGGGAAGAAGAAGAAGAAAGGGCGUACAGGGAAGAGGAGAGAAGGUGAGAAGAGGAAACGAAGAGCCCGUUCACUGAGCUGGGCACUGGUGGACGAGCUGGGCAGCGGUCUCCACCUGGAGUGGCGGCCACUUGCGGGCCUGCGAGGAGUGCUGCACUAGAACACUGUCAGUCUCUGACAACGAUCGUUAAGGACAUUUUGAAAUGGACACCUAAAUGCUCAUGUUGCAGUACUCACUGUAAUAGUGAUUAUUUGGAAAAUGUUAGGGAAAUAUUUAUUGUUUGUAAAUAUUCACCAGACUAGUGGUAAAUGAAUAAUAAAAGAUAAUGAUAAAACAUUAUUCAGUGCUCUGUGGGGCUACAGAUUUUGAUCUUUGUGAAUACUUUGCUUCUUCUUUUUUUUUUUUCUUUUUAUUUUAUAUAUAUUUUUUGUUAGAACUAUGCCAAUUAUCAGUGUCAGAUUUGCAGUAAUUUAUUUUGUUGGAAUGGUGUAUUUAUUUUGUAAAUGUAUCAAGGUGCUGCUGACCUUCUAUAUUUUUGUACCAUAAUGCACUUUAGAUAUAUAAAUAUAAAUCUAUAUACAAUGUUGUUAAUUUACUUAUUUUGUGGUUAUUUGAAUGAAGAAAUCAACAGUCCUCCCAUCAUGUUUUAGCCCACUUCUGUUUCAUUUGUUUGUUCGCUUUGGCAUCCAUUUUUUUUAUGUUCACUGUUUAUACUUUUGUUUUCUGUUUCUUUUGCUGCUGACUUGGAUGGCCUGUGUAUCAUCCACAAAUUAGGUCCUUAAAACCCUAUGUAAAUGGUAUCCUUGCCUGCCCACCCACCGCCCAAGACUGGAGACGCGCUGUUUGUGUCCUGCCUGUUUAGACCACAGCUCAACUUGUACAUAAAGAGCAAACGCUAUUGACUGAAAUCUUGUUCUUUGGCACUUGCACUGAGUGAACAAUCCUGUAUUGAAUGGAUUAAACAUCUGACAGUC